GAAGUGUCGCCUGGCCUGUCUUCUAGCAAGAUUCCAACCAAGCGGGUAGAGAUGGCUGACGUGGCGAGUCUUGAAACCCCACUGUGCUCGGAACAGUUUGGCUCCGGAGCUGCACGGGGCUGCCGCGCCGCCCCAGACGGCAGCCUGCAAUGGGAAGCGGAGGAAAGGCGCUGGUGGAGGUUCCCCGCCUUCGCGGUGAAACCCAGAGGACGUGAAGGGGACGGAGAGGGGUCUCCUGGGCCCGCUUUACUCCCUCUGUCGGGUCUGCAGGCCGUUUUCCUGCCUCAAGGCUUCCCCGAUAGCGUCAGCCCCGAUUAUCUGCCUUACCAGAUAUGGGACUCCGUGCAGGCCUUUGCUUCCAGCCUGUCCGGCUCCCUGGCCACGCAUGCAGUCUUGCUGGGCAUAGGUGUGGGGAACGCAAAAGCCUCUGUUUCAGCUGCCACGGCCACCUGGCUUGUGAAAGAUUCAACUGGCAUGCUGGGCCGUAUCAUCUUUGCCUGGUGGAAGGGGGGCAAACUGGACUGUAAUGCAAAGCAGUGGAGGCUUUUUGCUGACGUUCUCAACGAUUUAGCCAUGUUCCUCGAGAUUAUGGCUCCCAUUUACCCAAUCUGUUUCACCAUGACCGUCAGCACCAGCAACCUGGCCAAGUGCAUUGUGAGUGUGGCUGGUGGGGCCACUCGAGCUGCACUGACUGUGCACCAGGCUCGGAGAAACAACAUGGCCGAUGUAUCAGCCAAGGAUAGCAGCCAGGAGACGCUGGUGAACCUAGCAGGGCUCCUGGUCAGCCUCUUGAUGCUUCCUCUGGUGUCAGAUUGCCCUAGCCUCAGCCUUGGAUGUUUCUUCCUCCUCACUACUCUCCACAUCUAUGCCAACUACCGGGCAGUCCGUGCCCUUGUCAUAGAGACUUUGAAUGAAAGCCGGCUUCAGCUGGUCCUGAAGCACUUCCUUCAGAGGGGAGAGGUACUUGACCCCACUUCAGCCAAUCAGAUGGAGCCAUUGUGGACAGGUUUCUGGCCAUCUCUGUCUCUUUCCCUGGGGGUUCCAUUGCACCGCCUGAUCUCCAGUGUCUUUGAGCUGCAGCAGCUGGUUGAGGGGCAUCAAGAACCCUACCUCCUUUGCUGGAACCAGUCACGAAACCAAGUACAGGUAGUUCUGAGCCAGAUGGCAGGCCCUGAGACAAUCCUAAGGGCUGCCACACACGGGCUGGUACUUGGAGCCCUUCAAGAAGAUGGACCACUUCCUGAAGAACUGGAAGAGCUAAGAAACCGAGUGCGGGCAGGUGCUGAGAAAGAUAGCUGGGUCAUCAUCAGAAAGACACAUCAAGUGUUGAACAAGCUGUUCCCAAAGUUCUUGAAAGGAUUACAGACAGCUGGCUGGAAGACUGAGAAGCACCAGCUAGAGGUGGAUGAGUGGAGGGCCACGUGGUUCCUGUCUCCAGAAAAGAAGGUCUUGUGAGCAGUCCAGAUGAAGGCCCAGGGCCCAGGACAGGAGCAUGGAGCAAGGACACUUAGACCACAACAGGACAUAGGAAAGGCAACUUUAUUUUUGCUUUAGGUGAAUUGAUAUGGCAGGUUGGCCAAGGCCUCAUAGGAAGUGACUGCCAAUCAGAUGGACUGGACCCCAGGCAGAGAUAAGGCAGGAAGAACGAAGACCUUCCCAUUCUACUUUUGCCCCUUCUCCUCCCUUCCCUGGGAACUACUAUAGGUUCUCCAUCCCCAGUUAUUGUGAGGAUGAGCCCUACCCUAGUUAUGGCUCAUGGUAUCCAACACAUUUGAUGUUAUGCAUAAAAACCCCAGAAGAAUGUGGCCACAGUCAUCAUAAGAAGGGCAUUGAGGUUGACUACACGAGCCCAACUUGGGUCCUCACUGAUAUCCUCCAGCUGCCUGGCUGCUGCAGCCACUUCCUCCUGGGUAGGGGGUGGAGGACCACCUGCACGACCCCUACUCAUUCCACAGAACCAGAGCAGGCACUGGCGGAAUAAACCUGGUGCCACGGACUGAGGUUCUAAGAGAAAUUGAGGUACUACGGUUAGUUUGAAGGAAAUUCGCCCCCCAAGUUCCCAGGGCCCACCUCCCUAGGCAAUGACUUACCCUCCAUCUCCACUGCAUGCUCUGGACACCCAUUCUGUACAGGCGGAGAGGUUGGACCUUCUAGCUCAUCAGCAUCCAGGUCCUCUCGUUCCUCCUUGCUGUGCCGGAGACUGAAAACCAGGCGAUGAAGCUGGGAAGGGGUGGGAACAGAGACCAAGUGGGAGUUUCAUUCUCCCACUUCUGUCCCUAAGGCCUCUUGCCUACAGUGGCAUACCAGCCUUGUCACUGCCCUCCCUCACAUACCCUUGUCCAGUCUACAUAUCUAACCCAGGCUUAGCUCACUCAAACCCUAAGCUGCUCAGCGAGGUACUUAAAACCAUUGACCUUGCUCACCCCCUGCUUCUACACGCCAAGUCUCCUGUACCCACCCAGAACUGUAGUACUAUAGACUGGUCUUAUAGUUCUGUUCACAGUGUUCCUUUCCUAUGGGCAUUUGCUCACAGUUUUCCUGCUGCUGAGGAAACUUUCCCGUCCUUGCAGGCCCAGCCCUUUUGUCUUGCCUGCCUCAAUCAGCCCUGCUCUGGAGUACCUGCCUUGGUUCAGCAUAAGACCAAACUCUUACAAGAUGAUACUCUGUCCCUCUCAGCUACUAGUUGUAUUCUGCAUUUGAGUUCCAAAGGCCAUACCCAGAAUUGGCUUUGGGAAACUUUAAUUGCCAACCCUCGAAAAUGUUCAGCUCACCCUCCCCCCAUUACUUCAAAUAAAUAUCAUUUAAAUAAAAA